UUGCGACGUUCUCUGACGCUUUACGGCAGCGGCUAAUGUCCACAUGGUCGCUCGUGUUAUUAGCUUGGCUGGAUUUUUCAACUAACUCCCAGCUGAUAUCACAUUUCAAGCGUAAAGCACUUAAAAAACAUCUAGAUGGGAAAGACAAAGAAUACCAAAUUUAAACGACCGCCGUUUUCGCCUGACGGCCUUGCAGUAACUUCUGUUACACAGGCUGCUGAAGAAAUAGAUGAAGAAGAUUCUCCUGCAGCGGAGUUACUCGAUAAAUUGCAGAGUCCGUCAGCAGACAUGCGCGAGUAUGCUUGCGCGAGCAUCUCUCGUGUUGUGCAGCAAAGUCUGACAAUCCCAGCAUUCCUGCAAAGAGAUGCAGUCAGGAAGAUCGGACCUUUACUGUUGGAUCACAGUCUGGCUGUCAGAGAAACCGCUGCUGGAGCACUCAGAAAUCUGAGUGCCUGCGGAGGUCCUGAAGUAUGUGAAAACAUGGUCAGACAGGAUGUGCUGACGCCUCUCUCCGCUCUCAUGAGGGAGUGCUGUGCUGGUUUUGACGUGAACCCUGCUACUGCUACGAAGGGACAAAAGCAUGUGGUGGAGAAUGUUGCCAAUGAGGCUGUGAAUUUACUUUGGAAUCUCUGUGAGAGUAGUAGCACUGCAGUAUCUAUGUUUAAUAAAGCCGGACUUCUAGAUGCUCUUCUACACUGUCUAGAAAGGCACCACCAAAAUAUGGAGCUUGCGUUGUCAGCAGCCCACUGCUUGCACACCGUAUCGGAGGAUAACUCAGACCUGGUGCGCAGUGUGAAUGCAACAAUGUUUGCUGUCUUGGAUAACAUUCUGUCCGCAACACAUACCAGUAUGGAGUACACUCUCUUGCGCACGCUGGCUGCAGGCUCUUUAUGGAAUCUAAAGAGCGGUCUGUCUUCAGCCCAGCAGUCUCAGACAGUCAGUGCACUUGUGGCCACUCUCUCACAAAGCCUUAGUUUGGAUGCUGGAAAGCUGAUCCCAGAUCUGUGGCGUGCUGAAUCUGCCCGUCUGUCUAAAGAUAGCACAUCUGCCACAGACGAAGAGCCGGCGGUGAACACAGAUGAAGCAGAGGAUAUGGAGGAGGAUGGGAAGAUUAAUGGAGGAACGCCGAAUGGCAGGAAGUCCAAAAAAAAGAACGAUAUCUCAGAUUUGUUGCCUAGAGACAGACUGGAGUUACGUGAGGCAAGUGCACUGCUGUCAGCACAGCAGACGUCUCUGGAAAUCAUCGUCAACAUGUGCUGCUCUGAUGAGCCAUCAGAUGAUGAGUGGGAGGAGAUGUCCAGCAGCGAUGAGAGUGAGAUGUGUGCUGAUGGGAUAUCAGACACGAGCUCCUCCCUCUUUUCUCCUCUAUGCCUGUCUGCUGAACUACACACAACCCUGCUCAGUCACAGCAUACCUCAACAGGUUUUAAAGAAGGCAGAGUUUCCAAGCCCCGCUGCCCUUGAGCUCUGUAGCAAGUACCCCGUUUGGAAAUGCCUUGUGAAAAAGAUGCAUCGGGUACAGUGCCGAGCACUGACGUGUCUCCAUAACAUCCUUGCUUCUAUGGACACAGAUACUCUUGGAGGUGCUUCAGGGCUCCAGGCCGUUGCUCAGCACCUCUCCUCAUUAGUCUUCAGCUCAGCAGAGGUAUUAAAAGAUGAGGAGUUCCUAGAGGCUGUAACUAGUGCACUACGCUCUCUGCUACAAAUCAUGGCCUCCAAAAGCAUGCCUCAGUGUAUGACUCCACACCAGCUAAUGAGUAUUUGUGAGGCAGCAACCAGGUGUGAGUUGGUCAGUGUGAGAGUUAAUGCUCUGGCCAUUCUCGGCAUUACAGGAAGCUCUCUUGCCAAAGAGAAAGACACUGCAGAAACCCUACAGCUGAUUGGAAAUGCAUUACUGAACAUUGCAAUGAAGGACACAAACCUUGUGGUGUGUGGAGAGGCGCUGGACGCCCUCUUUGACGUGUUUGCCGAUGGCGAUGAAGCUGAAAAAGCUGCAAAACACAUUAACCUGCUCUCAUCUCUCAAAGCCCUUCAGCCAGGAUUCAGAGCCAAGCUACGAAAGGAGGGGAAAGGCAAAUACAGCCCUGAUCAGCUUUGUGUUCUGGACAACAUAAGGAUCAACCUCAAGAGAUUCAUCGGAUACCUAGAAAACCUGAAAAAAUGAGAGUUCCCAUAUCAUUAAUAAAAAAACGGCCCACCUUUUUGUAAUUAGCUUUUUUAUGUCUAAAGUUUUAUUGAGUGUUUACGUCUGGAAAUUUAAGUUGAAAAAAUAAGUUUGGUGACAUUACUUUGCCGUUAAUGUUUGUAACAAAACAUAUUGGUGCUUGAAUUAAAGCAUAAAUUAUCAUAA